CGGACAUUACGAGGCUAUAUAAAGUAGGGUUGCCUACAGUAAAAUAAAAUUAGGGUUUAAGAACAGAACAGAGUGACCGACCCGAUUCUUCAAGAUUGGGUUUCGUUUCUUCUUUUGAGUAAAACGCUACCAAAACUUUUCUCCAUCUCUGCAUAUCGUCGCCGCUCUCUCACUUUUCUCUUCAAUCUUCUAAGAAGCAAUCCGUUUCAGAAAUGUCGGACGAGGAUGAAUAUCGCUGUUUUAUUGGUAACUUGUCCUGGUCGACUUCUGAUCGAGGAUUAAAAGACGCGUUUGAGAAGUUUGGCCAUCUUGUUGAUGCAAAGGUUGUACUUGACAAGUUCUCUGGCCGAUCUCGUGGAUUUGGUUUUGUCACAUUUGAUGAGAAGAGAGCAAUGGAAGAUGCCAUUGAAGCAAUGAAUGGAAUGGACUUAGACGGCCGUGCUAUUACUGUAGACAAAGCCCAGCCUCAGCAAGGUUCAGGUAGAGAUUUUGAUAGUGAUCGACCCCGUGACCGUGACCGAGAUCGGGGUCGUGACCGCGAUCGUGAUCGGGGUAGCCGUGAUUAUGGUGGUGGUCGGGGAUCUGGUGGUGGUGGUGGUGGUGGUGGAGAUUGCUAUAAUUGUGGUAAGCCAGGACACUUUGCCAGAGAAUGCCCUAGUGAAGGGGGUAGGGGUGGUCGGUAUGGUGGUGGAGGUGGACCUGACAGGAACGGAGAUCGAUAUGGAAGCCGCAGCAGCAGAGAUGGUGGUGGUCGUGAAGGAGGUGAACGUUUUAACCGUGAUCGUUCUGGGCCAUAUGAUCGUCGCAGUUCUGGAGGCUAUCGAAGCUGAUACUUUAAAUUG